AUGGAGGAUUUAGAUGCUCUCCUGGCAGAACUGGAGCAGAGCUCUUGCCCAGCCUCUAAGGACUGUAGGCUGCAGGUGCUGAGCUCCUUCAAGCAGGAUCCAGUCCCAGAUGAGCCUCCCACCCUUUGUGGCCCUGAACCCCUUGCCUCAGCAGCCCUGAAGGUGCCACCUCAGGCUCAGCCUCUACAAGAGACUUUGAAGACAGCACCCAGCAGCCCCAUGCCAGUCCCACAGCCGCUGCCCUCCUCGCCCCCACCCACGGCAGCUGCCCAGCAGCUGGAUGAGCUCCUGGCUGCGCUGGGCCAGAUGCAGAGCAAGGUGAGAGCUGCAGGGGAGGGAGCCAAGGUGCCAGCAGAGCCCUCACCCUCUCUGGACAACAUGCUGGGCAAUCUCACCCAAGACCUGCAAGGGCUGGGCAUCACAGCUGCCCCCACAGGCAUCUGUGCCGCCUGCCACAAGCCCAUCGCCGGCAAGGUACUCACAGCCCUAGGCAAAACCUGGCACCCUGAGCACUUCACCUGUGCCCACUGUGGGCAGGAGCUGGGCAGGCAGCCCUUCUUUGAGCGGGACGGGCAGGCAUACUGCCAGGAAGACUACCACCAGGCCUUUGCCCCCCGCUGUGCCUACUGUGCUGGCCCCAUCCAUGAGAAAGUCCUCACAGCCCUGGGCCAGACCUGGCACCCUGAGCACUUCUUCUGUGCUCACUGUGGGAAGGUGUUUGGAGAUGAUGGUUUCCAUGAGCAGAACAAGAAGCCCUACUGCCACCAGGACUUCCUAGCCCUGUUUGCCCCCAAAUGCCAGGGCUGCGAGCGCUCUGUGACAGACAAUUACCUGUUGGCCAUGAAGGGUGCCUGGCACCCUGAGUGCUUCGUCUGUGCGGAAUGCCUGAGUGGCUUUGCUGGCAGCUCCUUCUUCGAGCUGGAGGGGCGACCCUACUGCGAGCUGCACUUCCACCAGCGGCAGGGCAGCAUCUGCCAGGGCUGUGCCCGCCCCGUGACUGGGCGCUGCAUCACAGCAGCAGGGCGCAAGUACCACCCUGAGCACUUCACCUGUGCCUACUGCCUGGGCCAGCUGCAGAAGGGCAAUUUCCAUGAGCACCAUGACAAGAUGUACUGCCAGGCCUGCCACAAGAAGCUCUUCCUCUGA